AUGCGAGCGGCUCUGGCAAGCGGCUCGGCGCCAGAUGACUUCCGCGACGCUCCAGUGGUGGAGUCUGGCUGGUUCCACUCUGCAGCGUUCGGCAUCGACGCCAGCGAUCUCCUGGAAGACGCCGCGUCGGCCCUGGCCCGGGCCGAGAGGAAUUCCCGCCGUGCCCUGGAGUCGGCUGAAGCCCCGAAUGUCAGGCUCUAUUCGGAAGCUGCUCACGAGGAUUUCCUGCAGUCGCAAGCCGCAGUGCAGCGGGCGGUGGUGGCCAUGACCAAGUACGGUCUGUUGCGGCCUCGCCCACCGGCGAGACCGGGGCCGGGGAGUUUGCGAGGCGAGGUGCUCCUCUUCCUUCCCGCCCUCCUCCCCGCUUGGGAGGUGGUACGACGG